AUGAAGCGCAGCCUGAGGAAGAUGCUACGCCCUGGGGAGAAGGAGCCCCAGGACGUAGUCUAUCAGGGCGUGGAGGACGACAUGGACGAAUCCAAGGACUCCUUUAAGGUGGUUUUUGAAGGAAAUGCACAUAGAUUACAAAACUUUAUCAAGAACCGAAGGAAAUUAAGCAAAUAUGAUGAUACCAAUGCUUCACCUUUGCAUCAUGCAGCAGCAGAAGGUCAAGUGGAACUGAUGAAGACGAUCAUCAGUGGCUCUUCUUGUGCAGUGUUGAAUGUAAUGGACGAUUAUGGAAACACCCCUUUGCACUGGGCUACAGAAAAAAACCAGGUUGAAAGUGUUAAGUUUCUUCUCAGCCACGGAGCAAACCCAAACCUCCGAAAUGGCAACAUGAUGGCGCCCCUUCACAUAGCYGCUCAGGGCAUGUACAACGAGAUCAUAAAGGUCUUGACUGRGCACAGAAGUACUAAUAUUAAUUUAGAAGGAGAAAAUGGAAACACAGCAUUAUUAACCACAUGCGCCAAGGAUAAUAGUGAAGCACUGCAAAUUUUGUUAAAUAAAGGAGCUAAGAUAUGUAAAUCCAAUAAAUGGGGAGAUUUCCCUGUUCACCAAGCUGCAUUUUCUGGUGCCAAAAAAUGCAUGGAAAUAAUAUUAAAGCAUGGUGAAGAACAUGGAUACAGUCGACAGAGUCACAUUAACUUUGUGAAUAAUAAGAAAGUCAGCCCGCUCCACUUGGCGGUUCAAAGUGGAGACUUGGAAAUGAUUAAAAUGUGCCUGGACAAUGGUGCACACAUAGAACUGGUGGAGAAUGGGAAGUGCAUGGCCCUUCAUUUUGCUGCAACCCAAGGAGCCACUGAAAUUGUUAAAUUGAUGAUAUCAUCUUAUUCUGGUGACAGCAAUAUUGUUAAUGCUCUUGAUGGAAAUCGUGAGACCCUGCUUCACAGAGCCUCAUUAUUUGAUCACCAUGAACUAGCAGAGUACUUAAUUUCAGCGGGAGCAGAUAUCAAUAGCACUGAUUCUGAAGGACGCUCUCCACUUAUACUAGCAACUGCUUCUGCAUCUUGGAAUAUUGUGAAUUUGCUGCUCUCUAAAGGUGCUAGAGUAGACAUAAAGGAUCAUCUUGGACGUAAUUUUUUACAUUUGACUGUUCAGCAACCUUAUGGAUUAAAAAAUUUGCAACCUGAGUUUAUGCAGAUGCAACAUAUCAAGGAGCUGGUCAUGGAUGAAGACAAUGAUGGGUGUACUCCUCUACAUUAUGCAUGUAGACAGGGGGUCCCUGUCUCUGUGAAUAACUUGCUUGGUUUCAACGUAUCCAUUUAUUCCAAAAGCAAAGAUAAAAAGUCACCCCUGCAUUUUGCAGCCAGUUAUGGGCGUAUCAACACCUGUCAGAGGCUCCUACAGGACAUAAGCGACACGAGGCUCUUGAAUGAAGGUGACCUUCACGGAAUGACCCCUCUCCACCUGGCAGCAAAAAAUGGACAUGAUAAAGUGGUUCAACUUCUUCUGAAAAAAGGUGCAUUAUUUCUCAGUGACCACAAUGGCUGGACGGCUUUGCAUCAUGCUUCCAUGGGUGGGUACACUCAGACCAUGAAGGUCAUUCUCGAUACCAAUUUGAAGUGUACAGACCGGCUAGAUGAAGAAGGGAACACUGCGCUGCACUUUGCCGCCCGCGAGGGGCAUGCCAAGGCGGUGGCACUGCUUCUGAGCCACGAUGCGGAAAUCAUCCUGAACAAGCAGCAGGCCUCCUUUCUGCACAUUGCGCUUCACAAUAAGAGGAAGGAGGUGGUGCUCACGACCAUCAGGAGCAAAAGGUGGGAUGAAUGUCUUCAGGUUUUUACUCAUCAUUCUCCAAGCAAUAGAUGUCCAACCAUGGAAAUGGUAGAAUACCUCCCUGAAUGCAUGAAAUUUCUUUUAGAUUUCUGUAUGAUACCUUCCACAGAAGAUAAGUCUUGCCGAGACUACCAUAUUGAGUACAAUUUCAGAUAUCUUCAGUGUCCAUUGGAAUUAACCAAACACACAACACCAAUACAGGGUGUUAUAUAUGAGCCUCUUUCAGUCCUCAAUGUCAUGGUUCAACAUAACCGCAUAGAGCUUCUCAAUCAUCCUGUGUGUAAAGAAUAUUUACUCAUGAAAUGGUGUGCCUAUGGAUUUAGAGCCCAUAUGAUGAACCUCGGAUCUUACUGUCUUGGACUCAUACCUAUGACCUUUCUUGUUGUAAAUGUAAAGCCAGGAAUGGCUUUCAACUCAACUGGAAUCAUCAAUGAAACCAGUGACCAUUUGGAAAUAUUAGACUCUACGAACUCAUAUGCUAUACAAGUUUGUAUGAUUUUAGUUUUUUUAUCAAGUAUAUUUGGAUAUUGCAAAGAAGUGGUUCAGAUUUUCCAACAGAAAAGGAAUUACUUUUUGGAUUAUAACAAUGCCUUGGAAUGGCUUAUCUACACAACGAGCAUCAUUUUCGUGCUGCCCUUAUUUGUUAAUGUGCCGGCGAAUGUGCAGUGGCAAUGUGGAGCAGUUGCGAUAUACCUCUAUUGGAUGAACUUCUUAUUGUAUCUUCAAAGAUUUGAAAAUUGUGGAAUUUUCAUUGUUAUGUUGGAAGUAAUUUUGAAAACUUUGCUGAGGUCUACAGUCGUAUUUGUCUUCUUGCUUUUGGCAUUUGGACUCAGCUUUUAUGUCCUUCUGAAUAUACAGGAUGCCUUCAGCUCUCCGUUACUUUCCAUAAUCCAGACCUUCAGCAUGAUGCUAGGAGAUAUCAAUUACCGAGAUGCCUUCCUAGAACCAUUUUUGAGGAAUGAAUUGGCAUAUCCAUUUCUGUCCUUUGCCCAACUUAUUGUCUUCACAAUGUUUGUCCCAAUUGUCCUCAUGAAUUUACUUAUCGGUUUGGCAGUGGGGGACAUUGCUGAGGUACAGAAACACGCAUCAUUGAAGAGGAUCGCUAUGCAGGUGGAACUUCACACCAGCUUAGAGAAAAAGCUACCACUCUGGUUCUUACGCAAAGUAGAUCAGAAGUCCACCAUUGUGUAUCCCAACAGGCCCAGAGGUGGGAAGAUAUUGCGUUUAUUUCAUUACCUUUUUGGUAGCCACGAAAUAAGACAAGAAAUAUCAAAUACUGAUACAUGUUUAGAAAUAGAAAUGUUGAAACAGAAAUACCGGCUGAAGGACCUCACUUCUCUCUUGGAGAAGCAGCAUGAGCUCAUCAAACUCAUCAUUCAGAAGAUGGAGAUCAUCUCGGAGACCGAAGAUGAGGAUAACCACUGCUCUUUUCAAGACAAGUUCAAAAAAGAGCGGUUGGAACUCAUGAGUAGCAGAUGGAAUUCCGUGUUGAGAGCAGUCAAGACAAAGACACAGUGCCUGGAGCCCAGACCCUGA